UCCACGUAAGAGGUCCGGAUUUGAAAACCGAAAAAUGUGAUUUGCGCCGUCGUUUCGUAACCGAAUCCGCACAAAUUCGCGGUCAGAUGUUGGUUGCGUUGCGUUUUUACAACAAUCCCGCUGAUAAGGGCAUUCAAUCCCGGUUCCGCGCUCGGUGUUAGGUUAUGUAAAUACCGAUGUCAAUUAUGUGGAGGACCCAUUUAAUGUUAUCGAGUUAAUUUGUUUACAGUCAUAGAUUAUGCAGAUUAGUGAGAUGGGUAACUCUUCAUUACGUGGAGUACACGGCAAAUACCCGGGUUCAAUGAUUUGUGAUUAGUGUCGUUUUGAUUCGUGGAAAUAUGGAUAUACCCGGUCUUAGUCCGGAGAGCGACGGCCUGGGUGAUCUCGACAACAUCUAUGGGAAAACACCCCCCAGGACCAAAAUCCUCAGGAAAAACAGGGAGAGGAAACAGAAGGAAAGAGGGGCUGUCGCAGUACCUAAGGUGAAAACUCCCAUAAGUCGCAGAAACACAGUCAGCAUCAUGUACGACGAACUUCUUGCUAAGGCCGACAGUAACGAAGCAGAACAGGAAACCACUUUCUUCAAAGUUGGUCAUACAAAACGUACCAGCAAACGUAUCCUGAAACUCCAACGAGGCUCCGAACGUGAUCUGAAACUCGACAUAGCGAGCGCCCAAGCCAUCGGCGCCCUAAGUCAAAACAUUAACGAACAACCGACGACGCCUAUUCCGAGUUACCAAAUCGAGGGCAAAAACCAGUAUCUCAGUUUAUCCUGCAGAACGGUACAAUGUCAGCGGUCUCAGUCUGUGAAACAUCCCAGAUCAAUUCUGGGCGUCCUAAAGCAACAACAAAACGAAGAGCCGGGAGACACAGAACAGGAUGAAGAGUGUCCGAAUAGCAGGAAGGAGUUUUACGACACGUUGAGUUUACUUAUUCGUUUGGGGAGCAAUUCGGAAAGGAAUCCAAGAAGGGGGAUUAGUAGAGAAGAGACAUUGUGGCAGAACGAACUCAAGGAUCUGAUUUGGUUAGAGUUGAAGGCGUUCCAUGCGGAUCGCACGCCGAUGGAGCAGGACCAUUAUCUGUGCACGGCUCGUCAGUCGGUUGAUUCAAUCCUGAGCGACAUCAUGAACUUCAAAUACGAUCGGCACUCAACCAGACGGCUCUCGACAACGACUAUCGAUAGCGGCGUAUCAGAGGACUUUUGCUGCGGUUGCCUGUCGAUGUACUGCAUGUCUUGUUUCGAGGCUCAAAAUGACGCUCUCAGACAGGUGGAGGGGCUGAGCAGACGUCUGGAGGAAGCCGAGAAUCUAUUCCCGUCGAACAAGGCCUUCGCCGAACUGUACCCGCUGUACAACAGUCCGGAGUUCGUGGGCAGGGUGAAGGCGAUCAGCUUGUGGUACAACAUGACCAAGCACCAACGGCUGAAGUUGGCGAUACUGAACAAGUUGGUGUCCUCGUUGGAUAGCAGGCGGUCAAUGUGGCCGCUCUUCAACGAGGAGGCCUUGCUUGAAAACGGUAGUCCCUCUGACAGCAACAACAGCUCGAAUUCCUCCGUCAAUAACGACUAUCCCGGCUCCAUGAACCCACUCACGGCAUUUAUAUUCAAUAAGAAAAACGACGACAACUGCUACUACACGCCGUAUCGGCGUUAUAUCGAGAACGUCCUCAAAACCAGGGCGCUGCACAAAAGCUUGAACUUCUUGGAACGAUUGCACAAAUACGUCCUGUAUAAGGCCAUGCUCACCCUUAAAAAGCCAGACAAUGACGAAAUUUUCACUAAAACUAACUGUGAAAGUGACGAGUUGGAGCUGCAGCGUUAUGGAUCACAUAGUCCGGAAGCCCGGGCCCUCAAUCUACCUUCAUACAGGUCUAGCUUCAUAUUCCUGGCUCAGAUCCCCCUAGAAGUCAUACAUGCCUAUUUAAUGAUGAGACUGGAACAGAAGCCGGACAAUCCGUCUCCUCUCAGCAUGAGGCAACUUAUGAGGGAACUAAAGGACGGCCUGACCAUUGCCACGUCGGAAAGGGAGAGGAUAAUCGGAUAUGUGAAGGUCGCCAUUGAAGGUACAAACGAAUCCGCCGACGAUUAUCUUAAAAAAAUGGACGUAUUCGAUAAUUGUACUUUGAAAGUGUUUGGUGAUUACCUUGAGUACCUCAAGAAGUACACUCUGGAGCACGCCCACACUUCGUUCCAAAAGAAAUUUCUGGAGGACGAAUACGACUUUGCUCGUAACUUAGUUCAAUACAUUCCGAAGGCGUCUGAAUCUAUGGGUGAAACAUUUGAUAACAUUCUCGUUUCGAUACUCAAGGGUAUUGAGAACCGAUUCAUCAAACGGAUCGAUGAUCUCAUCGAGACUAUUCCUACUGGAAGUGUACAAGAAAAGCAACAUAUUUUGUACAUUUGUCGGGAAUUGCAAACGCUUUUUAACGAAGAAAGGGAGAAUUGUAUGAAGACCAUGGCUUUCUGUAGGACCGUUAUGAAAGGAGGGAUAAUGGAAGCUGAGUGCAUCAAAAACUUGGCAAUGACCAUUAUUCAGUUCAAGUGUGUUAUUCCCACAGCUAUUGGAAAGGUUCAAGUUAUAUUUGAGCGAAUCAGUUUGGCGUCAUUCGACGACAACGACAAAGCAUCUCUAAAUUCAAGAAUAAGAGAAAUACUCAUGCAAGGUUACCGUUUCGGUUUUGAGUUUUAUAGAGAAAUGACGGAAGGGGCGCCCGGCAUGUGGCGUGAGCGUCUUAUCAAGAACAUGGUGCACUUCGCGAACCUCUGGAUGAAGUUCGUAACGGAACGUUGCGAAAGGGGACGCGGGAUGCGGCCUCGAUGGGCCAAUCAGGGCCUCGAGUUCCUGAUGACGGUGUGCGAGCCCGCUAACACAAAAUACCUUUCGGACACGGAAUUCGAGGAGUUGAAGCGUAGCAUGGACGAGUGCAUAUCGCACGUGAUAGGCACGACAGCACCUUCGAGUGCCGCUUCCUCCUCGGAUAUACUGGGUUCGCCUCGUACCUCUCUCGAGCACAUCAGGGUGAGGUCCAGGGGGUCGUCACCGAGUCCCAGACCCACCUACAAGAGUCAACGGUCGGCGGGCAGGAAAACCAGCACGGAACAGAGCUCGCCGCUCAUCGAUCAGACGGACGGUUUCCACAGGAGGGACGACAGCGGUUGCAACUCUCCAUCGGUGAAGAUUAAGUUGCCUCUUACGCCGAUGGAACGUUGCCGUGAAGCCGUCGAGAAUUUGGAAACCGAAAUGGACUCUCGUUUGCGGAAGCAAGAGCUGAUCGGCAAAGUUCUGGACUGCAAUACGGAAAACAAGUCUCACAUCCGCCGUCGUUAUGUAAACUUCUCCUGGCAGAGGGGCAUUAAAAUUGGACAGGGUCGUUUUGGUAAAGUGUACACUGCGGUCAACAUUAAUACCGGAGAAAUGAUGGCUGUGAAGGAGAUACCAUUGCAACAUAACGAUAUGGUCACGAUUAAAAGGGUUGCGGAGGAGAUAAAGAACUUGGAAGGAAUCCACCACAAGAAUUUGGUGCGGUAUUAUGGUGUAGAAGUGCACAAGGACGAAAUGUUACUUUUUAUGGAGUUCUGUGCAGAAGGCACUCUUGAAAAUCUAGUGGCUGCUACAGAAACUGGAUUGCCUGAAGUUUUGGUGCGACGUUACACGUAUCAAUUGGUGUCUGGCGUUGCCACGUUACAUGAUCAUGGAAUUGUGCAUCGCGAUAUUAAAACAGCUAAUAUUUUUCUCACCGACGAAGGCAACUGCCUGAAAAUUGGAGAUUUCGGUUGUGCAGCUAAAAUCAAAUUUAACUCCACAAUGCCUGGGGAAUUGAAAGGAUUUGUGGGGACUCAAGCGUACAUGGCUCCUGAAGUAUUCACUAAAAAUAUGACUGAAGGACAUGGUAGAGCAGCUGAUAUUUGGUCUGUAGGAUGCGUUGUUGUUGAGAUGGCUUCAGGACAAAGACCUUGGGCAAAUUUCGAUUCAAAUUAUCAGAUAAUGUUUAAAGUGGGCACAGGUCAAAGUCCAGAACCGCCGAUAGAUAUGAUAGACGAAGGGUUAGAUUUCUUGGCAUUGUGUUUCAAACACGACCCAAAACAGAGAGCCACUGCUCAUGAAUUGUUGGCUCACAAUUUUUGUAAAGUUGGAGAUGAUUUAUUGUAGAUAUAUAAAGUACCAAUUGUUAUAGUGAAAGGUUCCUAGAAAAAAUAUUGUUAAAUAUUUUGUGUGGGCUGUUUGUUAUUGUGUCAAAAUUUUACAAUUCUUUUUAUUGAAUUUUUUAAAUUGACUGCUCAUUAAUUAUUUCAAUGUCAAAUUGAAUCUCCUGUCUUAUUGUAUGUUUUUGUACUUUAUAUAAUUAUUAAAUUUGUCCAUAUCAUGCUUUUACUUAUGUUGUAUGAAUUGUAGGGUAUAGAAAUAUUGUGAUAUCAAACUUAUUUUUUAUAAGCAGCCCUAACAGUAAUUGAAAAAUGGAGGAAAAAAAAUUUUACUGUUUCUGUUGCCACAUUUUAUAUGUAUGGAGGACUUUUUAAUGUUAUAUUUUAUAAAUUUUGCAAUUAUUAAAUAUCUUAUUUAAUUUUUUAUAGUGUAGUAUUAGUAAUAGAAAGUCUGAAAACUUGAUAAAAAAUAGAGAACGAUUUUAAUAUUUGCAGAUUAAAUAUAUUAUUUAUAUGACGUUUUUGAAUAUUUUUGAUAAAAUAUUUAAUCUUGAAGAUGUAUGAAAAUAUUGUGAUUGGACUGUUGGUUGCUGUGUAAUUUUUAUUUUAUUGUAAAGUUUUACUGCUGUGUUUAGAAUUGAAUUUAAGGAUUAUGUUACAUGUUAAAAUUAUGUGUUAUGUAUGUAAUUAAUUGUGCACUUUAGUAGAUUCUAGAGGAAUGUGAUAUCGAAAUUGUAUUACUUAAGCAGCUCCCAAUAAACAAAUAUCUACAGA